CCGUCAUUGUACCAACGGUGUCUCAUUGGUCAACUUCUUCCAAUUGAUUUUAAUUGCGCCUUUCAUCUGAAGCGAAACAAUUAAAAUGUCUACCGCAGGAGUAGGCCGUCUACUCGGGAAUUCAAGCAAGAUUUACAAACUUAAUAUUCCAGCGAUAACAGUCGUUUCUCGAAAUAAUUCAUGGACUCCGAAGGAUGUUGAAACUCACACCGGACAGAAAUUCGAAGAGAAUGAUUACCGCUUAGCGCGAUUUGUAGACAAAGUGAAAGAAGUAAACACUAACUGGGCGGUUAAAUUAAUCGAUGAAGUGCCGCCGUCUCCAGCAAAGGCAAGAAUUGUCUCGUGUGAUGGAGGUGGAGGUCCAUUAGGACAUCCCAAGGUUUACAUCAAUUUGGAUAAACCAGGUAAUCAUAUCUGCGGUUACUGUGGAUUACGCUUCUAUAAAGAGGAUCAUCAUUGAAACCUUGUUAACGUGUUUGAUUAUCUCGAAAUGUCGAUAGUCCAAACGUAUGCUAAAUAUAUAUAUAUUCACGUAUUUAAAUGCAGAGAUUGGGUAAAUAAGUAGACAUUGCUGUUAAAUAAACGUAUGUAAUAUAAUAUCAGAGUG